CAGGAUGGUGUAUGAAAAGUAUUAGUGAUCCGUUUUCAAUAUCCAGAAAGAAUUGACCUUGGAUGUAAUAUGUGAACAGAACCGACCUAAAAAUAUGGUAUCACUGUUCAAACACGUAAAAAUUCGGGGAUUUGGGAUGGGUUUUGGAGCAUGGUUGGAGGUGAUUCUUUUCUCAAUUUUUCGUGUUACCGUUGGAGAUGCCCUCACCGCCGACUCAGCCUGACGCCUCAUACCCGCGGCCUCGCAUCUGCAGUCAGCUCCUCGCCUUCUGCCCACCAACUGCUUGAAAGAUUGCUCCAAUUGAUAGAUUCCUGUUUCCUUUCUUUCUCACUCACCCCUCUCUCUUUCAUUAUUAUUGUCACCAUCCCUUCUCCCCAUUUCCCCUAAAUUCAACUAAGCAAUCCCAACCCCAUUCUUCCCUAUCAAGAUUGGAUUUUUUUCUCAACCCGAGCUGAUUUUUGGAAAAUGCUAGGAGUAGGAUGAGGAGGAAGUAAUGAUAAUCCAAUGUUUCCUGGUUAUGUGGAGGAAAAUCGUGCCCAAUGCAAUAACAAUACAUUGCCUCAACUGCAGCUUUUUGCAAAUGGAGAGUGGUUUUUUUGUCCUUGGAUGGAUUGUGAUCGAAAUGUGGUUCUUUUGUGUAUGUUUGUUUUCUCUUCGAUAUAGUUUGUUUGAAUUUUAAUGGGUAUUGAAAAAAGAAAUGAAAAGCCAUAUGCAAUCACUUGUUUCGCAGCUGACAAAGCCAACUCAAACCCUCUCCACAACCCGAAUCCUGCACGCCUUGAUCAUCAAGCACAGACUCACCUUCGACCCUUUUUACGCCACCAAGAUUCAGCGCUUCUACGCCAUCAACAACGACUUACUCUCUGCACGCAAACUUUUCGAAACAAGUCCCCAACGAAGCGUCUACCUUUGGAACUCCAUCAUCCGCGCCCACGCUCAGUCCCACCACUUCUCCCACACAUUUCGUCUCUUCAAACGCAUGCUAACCUCCGAGACUCCACCUGAUAACUUCACUUUCGCGUGCCUCGCCCGUGCUUGCUCGGAUAAGCUCGACAUCUCAGCCUUGAGAGCUGUCCAUGGGAAACUGAUUGCUUAUGGCUUAGGAGAUAAUUUUAUCUGCACUAGUGCGCUUGUGAGCUCUUACUCGAGGAUGGGAAUAGCUGAGGAAGCGAGCUUUUUGUUUAGUGGGAUCGAUGGAGAGCCUGAUUUGGUGCUUUGCAAUGCAAUGGUUUCUUGCUAUGGGAGGUGUGGAGAUUGGAUUAAAGGAGUGGUUUUGUUUAACUCAAUGAUGGCGAUGGGAAUACAGCCGGAUGGAUACACGGUGGUGGGAUUGAUCACUGGGUUGAAAAGCUUUAGUUUGGUGAAUGUGGGAGAAAUGGUUCAUUCAUUUUGUGUUAAGUGUGGUUUGGAUUUGAGUGAUCAUGUGGGGAGUGCCCUUGUUGGUAUGUACUCGAGAUGUGGGAGUGUAGAGCUAGCUUGUAAAGUGUUGGAAAAUAUAGUUUUACCGGAUGUAGUCUCGUGGUCAGCACUGAUUGCUGGCUUCUCCCAGAGUGGAGAUCAUGCUAAGGCAUUGAUGCUUUUUAGGGAGUUUGUUAUGUCUGGAUGCAAGUCGGAUCCGCCUCUGCUUGCUACUGCUUUGGCAGCUAUUGCUCAGACGGCCGUUGUGGGGCCGGGGUGUGAGGUUCAUGGCUAUGCUGUGAGGCAUGGAAUCGAUAAGUGUGUUGGAGUUUCCUCUGCUCUUGUUGACAUGUAUGCAAAAUGUGGAUUCUUGGAGAUGGGGAUUAGGGUUUUCGAGAGGAUUCCUAAACGGAACAUUGUGUCAUUUAAUACUGUGAUUUUGGGGCUUGGUUUGUAUGGGCGGAGUGGUGAAGCACUGAGGAUGUUUGACGAGGUUCUUGAGCAGGGGAUGAGACCGGAUGAGACGACCCUUACUGGCAUUCUCUGUGCGUGCUGUCACUCUGGAUUAGUCGAGGAAGGGAUUGGUUAUGUCAAACUUUUGAGAGAGAGAUUUGGUGUUGAAGUGAGAACUGAGCAUUAUGUUUACAUAGUUAAGCUUCUUGGGAUGGGUGGGAGGUUAGGGGAGGCUUAUAAUCUCGUUAUGUUAUUGACACAACCCGUGGAUUCCGGUGUGUGGGGUGCUCUUUUGUCGUGCUGUGAGCACUAUAAGAACUACGAGGUGCAUGAGGCCAUUACUAAGCAUUUUUCAAAGAAUGAGAGCAUAAGCAGUGGUGACAGUGUAAUGCUCUCUAAUUCGUUUGCUCACGUUGGGAGGUGGGAAUGUGUGGAGCAGCUGAGGGUUGAUGGGGCCAGAGCCAAAGGGAAGUUGCCUGGGUGCAGCUGGAUUGCUUCGUAGAUCAACCAAGUGGCGAAGCAAAGCUCGUUGAAAUCCCCUCCAUGGCUCACUAGAUAAAGGUGUGGAGUUAGAGAUGAGUCUGGAGUGAAGAAUGUGUCUCUAGGGAGGGAAUGCUAGACCUUCCUUGAGGAAGCCGCAUGACAGCGGUUCGCCUUUGUCGAGGCCCAAUGGUCUAUCUCUAUGCUUCCUCCUACUGUGGUAAAGGCAAACUGUUGUGACUAUGGCAAAGAUUGCAGUUGGUUAAUAGACAAGCAUAAUACUAGGGAUGUCAAUCGGGUUAGUCCACCAGGUUACACUGUGAGCAACUUAUUGUAAAUACGCUCUCACUUGGAACUUUGUUUGCUAAGCUUGUGGUUUGACCCAGUCUUGAGUAAAUGGAAUUAUUAAUAGCAUAUUAUUUCUGCCA